AUGGUAGUAACCAAAUCAUUUUUGGUGCAGCGGCCGUGUGGAACCCGGUACCGAUCUGCUAGAGCAGAUGAAGCUCUAGUGUGUGGGUGUUCCUGUCGAUGCUGA